UGCAACCAACACCACCACCUCCUCCACUGAUUCACAGACUUCAAAUUCCCCCACAAGCAGCCCAUCAGCUUCCACAGUGAUCAGAUUAAUAACAACAAUAGCCUGUGAUCACACAGGAGGAGAUAACCGGCGCUGCUCGUCCUCCGCGGGAUACUUGGAUAGCUACAGCAACAGGAUCCAUCCCUGCUCCUCUCUCCUUUUUUUUUCACGCGUGAUCCACACCUGUGUGUUUUCCACUUUGAGAACACCAACUGUUUUUCGUGUAACUGCCUGGAUACCUGCGCGUUGCCCUUAAUAAAUGUCGGACUGAAUAUAACUGCUAUGACAGGGAAACUAGCGGACAAGCUCCCUCUUACCAUGAGCAGUUUAAUAAACACGAUCCCUGACAGUCUCUACCCAGAAGAGGACAUCCCGACGUCUAUGAAUAUUUUCACCAGUACGGAAUCUAUUAACCACUAUUCACAGAUGAACUCAGAUAAUAUCAUGGAUCUGGGCAUGGGAAGCGAGAAAGCAACCGCAGAGAUUCAGUAUGGAUCCAGCUUCCAGUCCAACCGCAGCGGCCAGACUGUCACCUAUCUGGGGAAGUUUGCCUUUGACACUCCUCCGUCGGGUGGCAUUGGUGGCUCUGGCUGGUGCUCUGAUAACAAUAUCAUAAGUCUUGUCAGCGCGGGGAUCCUGGGUGUUUCUCCUUCACCUGGCACAGUAACGACACAGACAUCAUCCUCCGCAGCCAGCAUGGGCGGACAGACGUCAGAUAUGGAGCAGGUAUAUGGUCCACCACUGCCUGCCUAUUCCACCUGCAGUGACCUGUACCAGGAUCAGGUCUCCUUCCACCACAGCCCUGCCACCAGCACGGCUCUAGCCUACCCUGGCAAUGACUAUCACUCCACAUCCAAAGCCUCCAUGGAUGGCAGCCUUUUCUCCAUGAUCCCUGACUACAACCUUUUCCAUCAUCAGGGGGAGGUUGGCGUGAUGGAGCACAAGCCCUUCCAGACCAUGGACCCCAUCCGAGUCAACCCUCCACCCAUCACACCCCUGGAGACCAUCAGAGCGUUCAAAGACAAGCAGCAAAUUCACCCAGGUUUCAUCGGCGGGCAGCAGCACCCUCCUCAGCACCACCCACCGCCACAGACUCUCACCCUCAAACCCAUCCGACCACGGAAGUACCCCAACCGCCCCAGCAAAACCCCUGUCCACGAACGGCCGCAUGCCUGUCCAGCAGAGAACUGUGACAGACGCUUCUCACGCUCAGACGAGCUCACACGUCACCUUCGCAUCCACACAGGUCACAAACCCUUCCAGUGCCGAAUAUGCAUGCGCUCCUUCAGCCGGAGUGACCACCUGACCACACACAUCCGCACGCACACAGGCGAGAAACCCUUCUCCUGUGAGUUCUGUGGACGCAAGUUUGCCAGAAGUGACGAGCGAAAGAGACACGCAAAGGUUCACCUGAAACAGAAGGACAAGAAGCCAGCUGACAAGAGCAGUGGGGCAGCUGGGAGCCACAGCUCGCCACCCAGCUCCUGUGGGGGGCCAACAGUGGGAACAUCAUGACCGUCACUAUGUGCACUUGGACUGAACCCUCACCAGGCCCCACAAAGAGACUUAGGAAGAAGGGAUCACAUCCACUAUGAGAUAAAUAGGUGACUUUUUCCCCCUCUAUUUUACAUUUCCCUGCUCCUUUCAGUUUUAUUCCUUCUAUUUUGAGAUGGAUGCCUUUAGUUUAAUUAAGAGGGGAAAGGCUGCUACGCCCUUCUCUUUCAAGCAACUCAGAGCCUCAGCUACUGUAACACAGUGCCAAUACAAAGAAGGGCACCUUGGCACAUUCUGUCCAUAAGGCCACUGUGUAUCUAUAGGUUUUGGGGUGGAUACACUUUUGUAAAUUUUACUGAGAAUUUCUACAAUGGAAGGAAGCCAGAAUCCAUCAUAAGGGUUGAAACAGACAAAAAUUAUAAUGGAGCUUAGGUAAACGAUGAGUUGUCUGGGAUGUAUGCAUUAAUUUUAUUAGGCUGUUUAAAAGUGCAAUUGGUUAUAAUUGUGUACUGUCAUGGAUACCUUAUUAGUGGCACUUGACUGUCUUUCUGUUGUUUUUGUUGAGGUGUAGUGUUUUUUAUUUUCUAUUUGAAUGUUGUUUCUCAAAAGAAUGUGCCAAAUGUAUUGUGGUGAUACAGCCAACCUGGUUCUUAUUAUUGUGCCUGACAUUUGCCAAACAUAACAGUGAUAUCAGCUUAGCACACAUGUUGAGUGCAAGGGGAGAUCAGAUUCAAACACCGUAUCUCAGAUUUAGAUUUACCUGAACAAUUUGGUUAAAUCUAGAUAAUGACUGAGUGGGUCACACAAAGCAAACCAAUGUCUUGUCCUGUUACCUGUACUUAUAAAACAAACAUGCCUGCAGCAAUCAAUGCCUUUGCCAAUACUUAUUUAUUUGUAGUCACUGAGAGACACUGUGUUUUUUUGUUGCCUUUUUAUACGGUGGUUUUAUGUGGUGUUACCAGAUAUAAUUUCUGUUGCUUUUUUUUUGAAAAGCUCCCCAAUUGUUCAUUUUUCUAGUUUUAUUGAGUUCUGCAAUUAUAUGCAAUAUAUUCAUGACAUGUGCCGCCAACCCGUAAAUCAAAUUAACUAACAGCACAGUUAGACAGACUGAACUACUUAAAUAAAUGACACUGGGUUGCAAACCAGCAGUAUAUGAACGCAAAGAUGUAUAAGGAAAAAGAUGAAUGAGGCCCUUUGUCUGUGCUUCACAGUGUAAAAAGACUUAACCACUUGGUUUAAGUCACCAAAAGAUGAGCAACAUAUGGUUAGAGAAAAAUUUAAAUUUCCAAAUCCAUGUUUACAUCUAUUCUAAUACAGAGAAACUGAGACUGAGUUGUAAACUAAGGACUUGCUUUUGUACAGUAUACAAAUAUGUAUGCAGGUAGCUAUAGUAGAAGUUUCACUUUUGUACUCAAAUGUCAACUGCACCAUAACUCAGUAUUAAAUUGUGCAUAUAUGUGCAUGCCUUCAUGCACACUAUGUAAAUACAAAUGUCUGCAUAAACAAGAACUUUCAAUUGACUGAAUGCUUGUGCGGAAUGUGUCUUAAAGCUUUUAGUAAUGUAGUAAUAAUACAGAAU